CCUGAGAAUUGUGACGGAAACAAACUUCUCAAUAGACCUCGUUUCGCCACCACGUAUAAGGAGAGAGUUUGAUGAUAUCAGUUGCCUAUGACUGUACGUCCCAUUCAAGCAAAUAUAAAUAUGCGUUCAAUGUCCAUGAACUGGCCAAUAUGUUUUUUCCUCUUACAAGCACACACUCUGUACUCACACAUUGCGCCUUAUUUUGGAUACUAAUCGAUCGAUUGUACAGUCAGUGGAGCCUCGCCGGAUCAACGUCAAUCCAAAAUUCAAGCUCACUUCACGCAACCUCAACCCCCAUCUUCUUUUUUCCUUGUUCCUUUGUUCUUCGCUGUCCGCCCUGGCCGUCUCUCCUUGACACCAAUCCCCUACAAUACAAGCGCAACCUCUCGAUCUUCAUCUCCGAUCCGCAGAGAGUACAUUCUUUUUUCGUAGAUCAUCAUGUCGUCCUAUUUCGAAAGGCAGGCAAAUGCUUUCAAGGGGACCCUCUCAGCAGCCGCGACAAAGAUCUCAAAUCCAUCAACAAACAAGGCUUCAUCUCUCGCCGUCCCUUCGCUUGCUCCUCCCUCACCAUCUCCUUCAGCAGCCUCCGAUCCAAAUACUCCUACUUCCAAGCGAAAACGAGAUGCUGGCCCCGAGGUGCCCUACUCUCAGCCGCAGCUCACAGGCUAUGGUGCUGGGGUCAAGACGCAAAUGACCUAUGCUGUCGAUUACCUAAAAAAGAAGGGCGACGCAAAGACCAUCACGGAUAUUAUCGACCAUCUGAGUUUGCGGAAUUUUGACGAUGAGCACAAGCGACAACUUGCUGAAGGUUUGCGAGGGCACCCUCGUGUAGAGUGGAAGCCUGAUGCAAACCUGAGCGAACAGACCUGGAAGACUGGCACUUAUGUCCACCGACCUAUCAUUCCCGGAGUCAAGGACUCAACCAGCCUUCUCGCUCAUCUUCAAGCCAAGACAGACGCUUCAGGUGUGUCAGUGAAGGAUCUCAAGGACGGCUGGCCCGACUGCGAAGACACAAUAUCAGCCCUCGAGCGUCAGCACAAAAUCUUGGUGGUGCGUACCAAAAAGGAUAACAUCCCGCGAUACGUUUGGCCCAACGAUCCCUCGCUGCAUCACGAGGUCCAGCCAGAGUUCCAGAGCAUGUGGCAGCGUGUGCAACUACCACCCCUCGAGGAGAUGCACCGUAAGCUUACGAGCGUCGGUCAAAAGCCUACAAGCGAGGAUCCUCGCAAGGCGAAGGAUGGACUGGCCAACAAGCCCAAGGCUCAGAAACGUCGCAAGGGCAACAGGAUCGGCAAGGCUACCAACGUGCACAUGGCGCAUCUCAUGCAAGACUACAGUGGCAUGCGACGAUAGGGAACGCGUGUAUCAUAAUUGUUUUCAUUUCAGGGCGUUAGGGUGAUGAGCUCGUGACUCAAGGGACGAACGAAACAUUUGAUUUGGUUUGAUUUUUAUUUGGCGUUUGGCGAUAAAGGACCCCAUUGAGAUUAUGGUCAAACAAAAAAGACAAAGGGCAUUAUGAGACGGGCAUAGUCGGGUAGACCUAGGGAACAAGGCAGCGGCAUGUUUUGAAUUCUUCAAUCAACAGCAUUGUUCAAUAUACAAAACUCCAGUCGCCAUUUGCCGUAGUACGUGACAAGCCUUUAAUCCCAAUUGUGUAUCUCUCACUUUCCAUGCCCUUUGUCCCCACAUUGAUUUGUCUUUACCUGUUCUCCCGCCGUAUCUUGUCAAACAGGCUCUCAAAGAUGUCUGACUCUUGAUACCCCCCAACUCGAUACUUCUUCUGGACCGUAACGCAAGGCACGGCUUCUACACCCGCUAUGGCAGCAGUUCUGACCUCGUCCUCGAGCGUUUUCCCCAGACCAGGCCCUAGAAGCGCGGCUCUCAUAUCAGAAUCUUCGAGCUUGGCCUCUGUUCGGCCUACGUGCAUCAACCAGGCUUCGUCGGCAAUGUCAGCCCCAUUUUCAAAGUGACCACGGAACAGAGCGUCAAGAAACGCAGACUGGACAUUUGCUCCGCGAGUUUCAAGGGUCAAGGCCACAAGUCGAUGGGCAGGCUGUGAAGGCCCUGUCUUGCCAGUCACGGAGAAUUCGAUGCCGUAACGAGCACCGGUUGUUUGGAGUCGAGAAGUGAAAAGACGAAGCUUCUCUGGGGACAUGAGCUUUUCAUAGAGAGCACGCUUGUCACCUAGGAAGGGUUAGAAUAACAGCGAGAUGUAGAGGCAGGGUAGAAUUACCUCUUCGUAGCGUGGGGUACAGUAGAAAGGGCUUCCAUGUGACAUCGAAUUCAACUUCUGGGUGGAGUGCUUGAUAUCGUUCCAUGGCAUCCUCGAGAGUCUUUUUCUGGAGAAAGCACCACGGACAUAGAAUGUCUCCAUGGAUGACGAUGUCAAUAAGCAUGGUUGAAAGUGAAGAGGGAGUGCUAGAAAAGAAUACGGAAGAAUCUCUAUUUGUAGAGCGUUAAAGUAGUCAGGGCGUAUAAGUAAAGAUGGACGCCAACACCAAAAGUUAAAAACCGUUGAAUACCGUCACACUUUAAUUAGUGAGAAAGCCCUUGUCGAUCUGCAAAGCAAGCAACCCAAGAUACUUAUAUAUAUGAACGGAG